ACAGGGGCGUGGGCGGGGUGUCUCUGAUUGUGUGAUUAGGUGCCCACGUCAGGGAGAGAAUCUGAAGAGUUUGAUCUCUUUCCUUCUAUGAGUUUCAGUCUUUUGUCUGUACAAAAAGGGGUUAAAACUAGGGUGUUCCCUCGUUUUUUUCCAGCUGGCAUAAAUAAUAAUAUUUCUAAUAUCUGCCUAGAUUGUUUUUGUAAUCUUCCUAGAUCCAAGGUAAUAAAACGCGUGGACGUUGGAGCCAUGCUGCAGCUAUGUUGAACUCUUCUUGGAACAUGUGAGGGGAUCCAAGAAUACACGUUAUUCAUCCAAGUUUUUGAUACAUUCAUGGUUUUGUGGUGUAGUAGACAGCCCUGGCUCUGGAAUCAAAAAGGCUUGGUCUAGAAUCCAGCCUCCCCAACCCUCAGCUUGUCCUAGCCCGGGUUUCCUCAGCUAUCAAACGGAUCCCAGUCUGAAGGAUCAGUGUGAAGAAUAAAUGAGAGAAUGUGUAAAUGGCACCACCAUCCACUGAAUUGUUUAGACCACAAACCCAGAGGCCAUCCUUCAUUCAGCAUUGUCCUUCAUGGAUCCACGACUCAGUCCUUCAACAAGUCUUCUUGGCUCUGCCUUCAGAAUAGUUCCCAAAUUCCUCCAUUUGUCUCCACCUCCGUUGCUGCCACCCUGUGCCAAGCCACCAUCACCUCUUUUCUGAACUACUUACUGCCAGUUCUUCACUGAGCAGCUAGAUGGGUAGCAUUCAGUUGUAAAUCUCAUCAUGACAGUCCCUUGCUUCCCAGGAAUUUUUCACAGACAACCUCUGGGACACACUUCCCUGCUCAUGGCAGGAAGCAUUGGAUGGACUGAACCCACCACAGCUGGCCACACUGCUGCUGGGGAUGCCUGGAGAAGGGGAGGUCAUCAGGUACAGGUCAGUAUGGCCACUCACCCUGCUGGCCCUGAAGUCCACGGCCUGUGCCCUGGCUUUUACCCGGACGCCUGGCUUUCAGACCCCCUCAGAGUUCCUGGAGAACCCCAGCCAGAGCUCUCGACUAACAGCUCCAUUCCGGAAACAUGUCAGGCCCAAGAAGCAGCAUGAGAUCCGGAGGCUGGGAGAGUUGGUGAAGAAGCUGAGUGACUUCACAGGCUGCACCCAGGUUGUAGAUGUGGGCUCAGGCCAGGGUCAUCUCUCCCGCUUCAUGGCUCUUGGCCUGGGGUUGAUGGUAAAGAGCAUCGAAGGGGAUCAGAGACUGGUGGCGAGAGCCCAGCACCUGGACCAGGAGCUUCUGCAGGCUCUGGAGAAAGAGGAGAAGAGAAACCCGCAGGUGGUCCAAACCAGCCCUCGUCACUCCCCACAUCAUGUGGUUAGGUGGGUAGAUCCCACAGCCCUGUGUGAGGAGCUUCUGCUUCCACUGGAGAACCCACGUCAGGGCAGGGCCCGCUUGCUGCUCACAGGCCUCCAUGCCUGUGGGGAUCUGAGUGUUGCCUUGCUGAGGCACUUCUCCUGCUGUCCUGAGGUGGUGGCCCUGGCCUUAGUGGGCUGCUGCUAUAUGAAGCUGAGUGACCCUGGUGGCUACCCACUGAGUCAGUGGGUGGCUGGGCUGCCUGGCUAUGAACUGCCCUACAGGCUUCGGGAGGGGGCCUGCCAUGCCCUGGAGGAAUAUGCUGAGCGGCUCCGGAAAGCUGUCCCUGGCCUCCGAACUCACUGCUACCGUGCAGCACUGGAGACAGUCAUCCGACGGGCCCAGCCUGAGCUCCGUCGGCCAGGCGUGCAGGGCAUCCCCAGGGUCCACGAGCUCAAGAUUGAAGAGUAUGUGCAGCGGGGGCUACAGCGAGUGGGGCUGGACCCCCAGCUGCCACUGAACCUGGCUGCCCUUCAGGCCCACCAGGCCCAGGAGAACCGUGUGGUGGCCUUCUUCAGCCUGGCCUUGCUGCUGGCCCCACUGGUGGAGACGCUUAUUCUACUGGACCGGCUGCUGUACCUACAGGAGCAGGGCUUCCAUGCUGAGCUUCUGCCCAUCUUCAGUCCUGAACUCUCUCCCAGAAACCUGGUUCUGGUGGCCACCAAGAUGCCCCUGGGUCAGGCUUUCUCUGUUCUGGAGACUGAAAACAGCUGAUGCAGCCUGAGGACACAUCUCACACCCCAUCAUCUGCACAGUGUGGCAGAGUAUACCUCACCCAGAGAACCAGCAUCCUGCAUCCUCCUGAAGCCUGGUUCCCCACAAACCUUUAGUUCCAUCCCUUUUCUCUCCCUCCAUGGAUUAUGUAAUACAGUAUAAAGUUUUAAUUUAUUAAAAAUUGGAAAUCUU